AUGGAGUUGACAGUUGAGAGUGUGGAUGGCUUCAGCCUUCCAAACAAUUGUUUCAUUGGCGUUCGGGUCGGUGACGUCCUGAAGCAGGGAAGGUACGAACCUCACCGAUGCUACCACUUUCCACAAAUUGACCGCCGGCGAAAUGCGAAAGUGGACAUAUAUCAACACGUGGGCACAUGCCUUGUGGCGGUUGACCCGGAUACGAAAUCCAGCCAUGAAGUUUCCGUCACAAGCAUGGAUCCCGCCCUCCCGGGUACGCGUAUCCGCAUCAACGUCCAGGCGAAGACGGAAGACGGCAGAGCGAACCGUGAGGAACGUGCAAAGGCCUUGAAAGCUCAGGCCAGGGACUACCUGCUGAAGCACAACAUCGAAGAGCGGUUGUCUGAUGCUGUCAAGGCUCUCCUCAAGGAGCAGCCCAAGGACCCCACCAACUUCCUCUGCAACCAUCUCCGGGCGGAGGCAGAGCUGCCGAAGGCAGAAGCUGCGCCUGCCGAGCCCCAGGCAGAGGAUCCCGGAUGCCAGAUCUUCGAGGACGAUGAGCUGAACGCAAUCCGCAAGCAGAGCCGGGAUGCUUUCCUGCAGGCUAGUGAGGAUGGCAACCUGGAGCGAGCGCUACGGGAGCUGCGCCCGGGUGUCACGGAGGAGGCGGCAUCGAAAGAGCUCACCGAAGCGGAAAAGGAGAAGGCCAAGAAGGACGCCAUCCGAGCGAAGGCUUCAAACGUGCUCAUCAAUGCGGCCGAGAACGGUGACCUGGAGAGAGCCCUGCAGCUUGUCAAGACGGACUCGCAGGCUCAAGCUCCAGCACCCGCUGCGCGUGAUGAUGCUGAGUUUAGGCGAGAUGGCCCACAGCAGGCUGCGCGCGACGAUGCUCAACCUGAGUUCAGGUCAUACUACGCCCAACAUGUGCGGACUGUUGCGCCUGAUUCGAUGCAGAAGCUGUACGCCAAUUUCCCUGGUCAGCCAAAGCCUGCGCCAGCGCAAGUAUCUGGAGGCGCCGAAGUCGCAGCAGAUUCCAAAGCCAUUCUGCUUCGAGACCCGGCGGUGACAGGACCCGCACUCAUGGCCUUGGGCAUGCAGCCAGGGUUGCAGUUCAUCUGA